CCUGCGCCGCCCUCCCAAUCAGCGCGCGGGACGCGGUUUAAAUGGCGGGGGCGGGGACCGAUGGCCGUUGGUGCCGCCAUGGGUAGCGCUGAGGGCACAGAUUGGGUUGAUGUUGCCAAUGAUCUUUUAAGGAGCUGUCACAUAAACCUGCACAUAAAGCAUCUCUCAGAAUGUGGUGCUGAUGUGUUUGUUCGUCUUUACGAGUCAAUCUUAGGAGAAAAAGUACCAGAUUUCAUAGCUACUCCCAGGAGCCAAGAGGAUGAUGCACAUAAUGUACAAGCAGUAAUAGAUUCCCUGGCAUUGGACUAUUUGCAGGUCAGCUUGUCUCACAUCACUGGUGAGAACAUUGUGAAAGGAGAGAGGGAAUCUAUCAAAAACCUCCUUGAAAUAUUUGAUGGUUUGUUAGAGUAUCUGACAGAAGCCAGUGAAUCUUCUUCUGGCACUGGAGCUGAGGCAAAUGUGCUGUCCAGUAAUGAAACUCAAACUGCAUCUCAAGAGCAGCUGGAAAGCAAUGCUGGUCAACUUACAGAACAUUCAAUAGUCUCAUCAGCUGAAGGGUCCCAGUCAGAAUAUUUCAUUCUAACCUGUGAUACAGAUGGCUCAGAAUCUACUGGUGAAUUGAUUAGACUUGGAGACACUGCUCAUUCAUUUUCCAGGAGAGAGGAAGAAUUUCAGUUUCCUAUACUGUUACUGGCAGAAAAGGACAAGGGGGUGGAAGAAUCUAAAAGCUCAGAGGCUUUUGCAACAUUGCCCAGGCAGUUCUCUGAAGGUGAGACUGGAAAGGAAGAUGGAUGGAUGGAGUCUGUUCAUGCUGCUGAGCCUCACAAAGAGGGUUUGAGUGCCAGUGCUACAAAACUGGGGGAGCCCAUCCAGCAAGCCAUUCCUCUGCUCCCCCCCUUCCAGCCUUCACAUCCUGGAUGGAGAGAUUACCACAGCUCAGACAGACAGGCAGCAGCUUUGGCAAGCAGUCAGGGAGUGAAAAUUCCAACUCUUGAAAAGUCACCUACUGAAAAAUAUGAUGAUGUUUCUGGUAGUCUCCUUCUAUCAAGAAAGACCCCUGAAGGCACAGUGCAGCCUGAAGCAUCACCUCACACUUACCUGUCAUCUGCUGCAGUGGGAUCAGGUGAUGCUGAGGACAAUGUGCUAAAGGUUCCUCUGGUACCUGAGCCUUCUACAUCUGUGUCCUCUUUAGAUGAAAAAUUCUCACUACAUGUUGAACAAUUAACACAAACUCCAAGACCUGAAUCCAGGUACCUGCCUAGAACACCAAGCAGAUACGAAAAUUCUACCACAGAUUCAUUUGAAGAUUCCCUUUCCCAGGGACCAGCACAGAAGAAGCUUCCUAAACAAGAGCUUCAUGAAGCAUCAGAAAAACUGUCUCGCAGGCUCAACGAACUGGAUUUAAUGUUAAAGAGAGCUUUGGGUGAGUGCAGCAGAGAAGAGCUGAGAGAUGAAGACAACCUGUCCCAGCACAGUGACAGUGUCAUGGACUAUGGCCACAGGACAGCUGGGAGAGCUCCAAGGUACCCAAACAGGCCUCGAUCCCUUUCUCCACCCUCACAUUUAUAUCAGCACCAGGAAGAUAAACUUUGUGGUAAUGAACAUAUAAAGACAAUCCGCUGCCAGCUGCAAAAGGAAAGGGACGAAAGAACAAGGAAAGCGAAGGUGGUCAAUAAAGCUUAUGAAGAUGAACUAAGGAUUUAUGAAGCCAAGGAGAGGCUUAAACUUUGCAAGCUCAGAGAAGUCCUCAGGGAAAUUGAACAAGAAUACAAAGAAAACAUCUUUAAAGAACCUCCAAAAGUGUCUCAGCCAGUGAAAGUUUAUUCUAGAAAAACCACACCUCGGAUUCCCAAAUACAGCCAGUGGAUUCCAAAACGAGGGGCCAUGAAGCCAAAGCAAGCAGAUCCAAUGAUGAUAAGGGACAAUAACCUCCUGGUGAAGCUGCUGGAAGAGUUUCCCUCCCUGCACAUUUCCCACCGCACCCUGAAUAAAAUGUGGGAGCGGCAGCUUGCACAGACAGAGCACCUGCAGGCAGCUCCUGGCAGACCUAGACCCAAACUCCUAAAUGAAGUUCAACAAGCCCUGAGGAAGCAACAGCUUCUUGCUGCAAUUAUUAAAAAAGAUCAAGAGCACAGCAAGAGACUGCACGAAUUUAAGACCCGCAUCUCCCGCCAGAUCUGGGCUCAGAACAAAGUGACAGAGAAACGGCAGCAAGUGGCUCGAGCCAGGAGAUACUACGAGGAUUACAGGGUGCAGCUGAGGGCCAAGCUGAUGAGAGCCAGGACACGGGAGGAGAAGAUAUUUAAAAACUUGUUUGAAGAAGGGUUAGAAAUUCAGAAGCAAAGACUGAGGGACCUGAGAGCCUACGCUCAGGAGAAGCGUGAUGAGCAACGGAGGGAACACCAGAACGAGCUGGAGUCCAUGGAGAACUACUACAAGGGUCAGUUUGCCAUGCUAGCAGAAGCUAUAUCUCAAGAAUUCCAAAAAAUCCAAACCAGGGAGAAAGCACAAGCACAGAUGCUACAGAAAUCAAAAAGAGAGCUAAGAUCAAAGAUGGAAAAGGAAAUACAGCAACUGCAAGCAGCAAUCAUGCACAAUGAUGAUGACACCUUUUUUCAAGAACUAGAAGCAGACAGACUGAGGUCUAGACUUCAGAUGGCUUCCUUCCAGUACAGCCAAGGCCAUUUCUUUUAAGACUUAGGUAAAUGUCACUGGCUAAGAUGAUGAAACUCUUUGAGAGCUGCUGUAAUGGGAAGAUGAUUUGUGGCUGUUUUUUUCUCCAGAACAUUUGGUCUGUCAUUUUGACCUGUCGGGGGUGUAGCUGCUGGGAACUGGGAUCCCCACAGCACUUUUAUGGUCACCAAUAAAGUUUUUGAAGUACUUUCUACCUUCUUAGCAAGGCUGGGAUAAUGUUGAGCUCUACCCAAAGGCAGAGGGAUGGAGUCAGAGUGCUUUAUCCUGGUGGAACAGUUGGAUGCUGAGCCUCCUCUGCACCUGUGCUGGGGCUGUUGUUGCUAAGCCACACUAACAUCAUUAGCCAGAAGUUACUGGAUUGGAAAGCUCACAAAGAACAAGAAGAUCUUUAAAAGAACAUCAGAGGUUCAAGUUUCCUGUGAAAGGCCAAGUUAGAGAAUGGCUGCAAUAAACCUGACAUAAAAAGAUCAGGAAUUCAGAUACACUAAGCAAGGGGGGACUGACUACUUAUUCCAUUACUUCUUCCAUUCAAUACUGUGUUUGUAGUGUUGGUGUUGCUGGCCUGCACAAAAUAAAGGCACAUAAAAUACUCCCCCCAUGCUACAAAUGCAUUGGGAAAAGCAGUUUGAAAUAGAAAACAAUGAAGAUUCUUCUAAAGCAGUAAAAGAUGAGCUUCUGCAAGAGCUGAACCCUGGAAAGGAGCUGUGGCCAUUACUGAUACAGUCUCCUCUGCCUGACAAAAUUUAGACUUUUAAGUAGUUUAUCUUGGUAAUGAGGAUGUACUAAAGUUGAAUUUUAAACACGAGAGUUCUUGCUUAAAACUGCUGUGUGAGAAGUGACAGAGAUAUAGUUAUUAAUUGCAUUAUACUCACAAUAUUUGAAGGUUGCCAUGAGGUGGUGUCUGAUGGAACUGACAACACACUCAGGGAAUUCAGACUCGUGCACUGAAAGGAAAAAGAACUACAGAGGAAAAAAAAAGACCUCAGCAGCUGGAGAAGCUUCUUUUACAAAUAAAACACACCAGCCAGCAGUUAGAGCAUGAGAUACUUCACCUCAAAAAUACAGACCCAAAAAACACACAACAAAACCCAGAAACACAAACCCUGCCUUUUACAACCCUUUCCAGGGAGUUGCUUUAAGCCUGGCUGACGUGAAGUCUCUAAGGGACAACACUUACCAGCUAAGCUGAUUUAAUUUAGCAAGUAUUUACCAAAUUUACCUUUUUUUUCCCCUGAAGGAAGAUGGUUUAGCUUUGCUGAGUUUUGAGAGGAGUCAUUUGUUCACCAAUGCCAAGAUAAUGCCAGGACAUGAGAGCCAGAAGUGAGACCUCUUGUGCUUGACUAGAACAUUCUUGUUCUAGUCUAGAAAAUUCUUGUUCUAGUCUAGAAAAUUCUUGUUCUUGAAGAGAGUCCUUUCUGUAGGUACCAGCGCACAGAAGGACACCAAGUUUUACAUGUUUUCUCCUGAAACAAAGUCGAGUUACUUAAAAACGAAAUUUUACAUUUUAAAGAUUUAAUUAAUAAAAACUCGAAACUUUUAAAACCAUUGAUGCUGUGACAGUGCAAACAGCAUACAAUUUAUUGCUCAACUUCUGCAUGGGUACAUACAUUAAGUACUUAAAAACCAUUUUAUACAGAUUUUGUUUGUUGUUGUUGUUAAAGCUCAUGUAACAGCUGGGUGAAAAUACAAUGAUACCAACGCUAAAACACUCGGUAAUAAAUACAGUGGAAAUGAUAAACUAAGAACUGUCAGUUUGUGGAGGAGUAAUUACACUUGGAUAAACUAAUUACAACUACAGACAAAGCUCUGAGGAUGUGGUAGAGCCAGGACUUACUACAUAGUGUAAAGUACAACCAGUGGCACCUGGUAAUGAUGUGGUGCUGUUUCAAACCCAAAGCCAUCAGAACAUGCUACAUCCAGCUGGAGGAUGACAGAGAAGCAAAGCUUUGACUUCCAUCAAUGCAGCCAGUUCAAAUGCACCAGAAGUUCAAUACAGAUGUAGUGUUGGAGACCAGCAAUUUAAAAAAAAAAAAAAGUGUGCUCUGGACUUUAGUACAACACAAAAAAUUUUG